AAAACAAGUACAUUAGGAAAAUCUUUUAAUGUAAUGCCAUAAAAAAAACAUUACGAAAACAACAACAACCUCGGAUUUCUUGAGAAAAUCCUUGUCCUUUCCAUGUGUGCAUAAUAAAUGAUCACAGUGAUUGCAUUUUAAGGCACAAACCUUUAAGUCACACGUAUUUGGGACUGAAAAAUUCAGUAUUGCGCUUACAAAUUAAAUCCAUUUAGGAAGACCGAGGAAUUACUAGCAUUCCAUUUUCUGCACGAGUAUAAUCUUUCUCAAAGAAAGCUAAUAUAAGCAUGGAAAGUUUUUUUUUUUUUUUUUUUUUUUAAUAGCUUGCUUCGCUUGUCGGUCGUCAGAAAAGUCGGAUUUCUAACUUUGUCCAGACUUGACAAAUUCCUUUGCCUGUCACUCAAAGCAGGCCUUUGAGCCUGGACACCCACUCUUUGACCUAUUGCAGCUUCCUCAUAAACAUUUUUGCAGCCUCGGUGGUUCGGUUCGGUUCGCCUUCCAAAUUCCAUCCCAACUCCGUGUCCGAGGCCUGCUUGCAGUUUGCUAUUAGCGUAUUUUGCGCGCUUUGACUGCCAGGACUCGAGCAAAUGCGUUUCUUCUUCCGCCACGUCGAAGACCGCCUUUAAAGGGAAUGAGGUGAGCCGCUCCGAUUGGACAGGAUGGAGUCCGCUGUGACCACGCCCACGCCAGCGCAGACGUCUCACUUUGGAAUUUGCUGGGAUAGGCUCCGCCCGCACGCCCGCGACCCGUAAGGCCCGACCCGCUGAGUUGCGCCAGCCGGCAAAAACGACGAGAGAGAGAGAGAGAGAGAGAACAUUUGACUUCCUGUCCGCUGUGAACCGCUAUAACGAUGAUGAUGAUGAUGACGCAACCCCCUGAAAGCAGAACAAGCAGUUGCCACGGUGACAACAUUGUUUGACGCGCACGAUUUGGAGGAAGACGAGGAGGAGGAGGCAGGAAAAGGGGGCGUGGCCGGCCUUUGCCGACCGACGUCGGCAAAGGCCGACGCUGACAAGACGACAGACGGGCGAACAUGCCGCAGGCGCAGGGCCAGAGGAAGAGCGUCCUCCUCAUCUUCAUCUUCACCAUCACCAUCCUCAUCCCAGCUCGCAAGGCCGGUGGCCGUUCGGCGGAGGAAGUGAAAGCGUGCGCGGGACACUGGCUGGAAUUUACAUGCAAAUACCCGAAGGCGGAAGCCAAGUAUCGGCACGUGCGGCUGGACGGCCCAAAUCUGCCACAAUCCGUGGAAAGCGGCGUGAGGGACAGGUGGGACGGCAAAGGGAGAAUCUCCUUGUUCCACGACACGCAAAACGGGGCGCUCAGGGUGCGCAUCAAAGAGCUCGGGGAAGGCGAUUCGGGGGAAUACGUGUGCACUUUCGACACGGGCGCCCGAGGGAGACCCCCCUCGUCCAAAGUCAAAGUGGGCCUCGACGACGGCGACUGCCAAGCGGACUUCACGCAGCGGGCUUACGUGGGGACCCCGAGCCGCAUCGCUUGCGAUUACCCGCGAGAGGUGCGCAACGCCACAAAGUUUUUGUGCAGAGACGACGGCGUUGCGUGCGCGGACAUUUCGACGUCUUCUAACGGGACCGCGUCGUCGUCGACCUUCUCGAUCGGGGAGAAGGUCACGCCGGAGCACGCCGGCGUCUACUGGUGCGGCCUGGCGACGGCCGGCGGAAGACGCGCCGUCCGCAAAGUCAGCCUGACGGUGGAAAUCAUCCGGCGCUUCAAACGGACGGCCAUCGCGGGGCGAGCGUUCGGCUACUGGUGCGCGUACCCCGCGGGCUCGCCCGCCGACAAGUUCAUCUGCAAGGGGCCCGAUACGUGGCGCUGUCCAGACGUCGCCGGCAGAUUCGUCAUGAGGGACGACGAGACGGCGAGAAACAUCAGCGUGUCGCUGACGCGGGUGGCGGCCGACGACGCGGGCACCUUCUGGUGCGGCGCCCGCAGCGCCCACCCCUUGCGCGCCAGCGACGCCUUCUACCACAAACUCGAGCUGACCGUAGUUCCUCCGACGUCGUCGUCGUUGGACUCUCCCAGUAAGUUUUUUGGUUUUUUUUUUGCUUCAGCGAGAAGAAGUCGAAGGAUGAGGACCAGCGUCCUUCUCCUCUUCCUCCUCCUCCUCUUCCUCCUCCUCGUCUUCCUCCUCAUCCUCCUCCUCCUACUCCGCAUCUUCGUCGUCCUCCUCCUCCUCCUCCUCCUCCUCUUCCUCCUCCUCCUCCUCCUCCUCUUCCUCCUCCUCCUCCUCCUCCUCCUCCUCCGCCUCUUCCUCCUCUUCCUCCUCCUCCUCCUCCUCUUCCUCCUCUUCCUCCUCCUCCUCCUCCUCUUCCUCCUCCUCCUCCUCUUCCUCCUCCUCCUCCUCCUCCUCUUCCUCCUCCUCCUCUUCCUCCUCCUCAUCUUCCUCCUCAUCCUCCUCCUCCUCCUCCUCCUCCUCUUCCUCCUCCUCCUCCUCCUCCUCCUCUUCAUCCUCCUCCUCCUCCUCCUCCUCCUCCUCCUCCUCUUCCUCCUCCUCCUCCUCUUCCUCCUCAUCCUCCUCCUCCUCCUCCGCGUCCUCCUCCUCCUCCUCCUACUCCGCAUCUUCGUCCUCCUCCUCUUCCUCCUCCUACUCUUCAUCCUCCUCCUCCUCCUCCUCCUCCUCCUCCGCGUCCUUCUCCUCCUCCUCCUCCUCCUCCGCAUCUUCGUCCUCCUCCUCCUCCUCUUCCUCCUCCUACUCUUCAUCCUCCUCCUCCGCUCGGCAACUUACCGCAAAAUCUUCACCCCCAUUUUUUUUCCUUCUCUUCAACAUUUGUUUUCUAGGAACUUUUGUUUUGUGUUGUUUCCCCGAAAGAGUGACAUGUUUUGUUUGUCGUCUUCAGUUCCUCCGACGUCGUCGUCGUUGGACUCUCCCAGUGCAGGCGCAUUGUUGGUAACGGUCGCCGCCGUCGUCGUGGUCGUGCUGCUGCUGCUCCUCGCGAUUGUCGUGGCGGCGGUUCGCAAAAGUAAGAAAAAGCUCACGACAGGAACAUUUGGGCCCGCAUAUGUUCCAGUCCGCAGUCCCUCGACUCCAAAAUCCCGCAGAAAAUCAACAAGAACUGGACUUUGCGUUUUAGGACAUCCGCGGGGUUCAAGACAAACAGAAGAUGACAACGUGACGGAGGAGGAAGAAGACGACAUUCUAUGUUUCGGCUUUGCUCAUGUUUACAACAAAUGGAGUCACCGGGGCUGAACACGAACUUAGUGGCUCGUGGUUUCCCAGACUUGGUCGCCACUCAGCAAUUUCCCUCGUCCCAGUUUCGUCGGGGUUGGGCGCUGACAGAAUUUUUUCCCCAUGGAAAUACAUUCGUCACCAGGUGGCCUUCAUGGAGGCAAAUUUUUUCCACUAAAAUAUAAAUAAAUGAAUAUCCAACUUUUUUUUGUAUAGAAUUUACAUUCCUUUUUUUCGAAAAUUGACAACUUUAGAAAUAUGACUUUUUUUGUAAUAAACUAGAGGAGUUUCCCCCCUAAAAACAUAUACCUUAUUCUGAGAAAAUAUCCGAUUUUCCCGCAGAAAUAUGACCUAAUUUUUCAAAAAAAAUUUCCCAUGGCAGUGUCUCGCUGCUAUUUUUUUAUUUUUUUUAUUUUUGGAAAUAUCAGCCUUUAUGCGGCACGGUGGCCGACUGGUUAGAGCGUCAGCCUCACAGUUCUGAGGUGCGGGGUUCAAUCCCCGUCCCCGCCUGUGUGGAGUUUGCAUGUUCUCCCCGUGCCUGCGUGGCUUUUCUCCGGGCACUCCGGUUUUCCUCCCACAUCCCAAAAACAUGCAUUAAUUGGAGACUCUAAAUUGCCCGUAGGCAUGACUGUGAGUGCGAAUGGUUGUUCGUUUCUAUGUGCCCUGCGAUUGGCUGGCAACCAGUUCAGGGUGUACCCCGCCUCCUGCCCGAUGACAGCUGGGAUAGGCUCCAGCACGCCCGCGACCCGCGUGAGGAGAAGCGGCUCAGAAAAUGGAUGGAUCAGCCUUUAUUGAUGGAAAAUCAAAAGAGACGUAUUCUUAUUGUUGUUGUUGUUGUUCUUAAUAUUUGUGAAAUGGCUAUGUCGAAGGAGCCGUGCUACGCCGAGAUCCAGGAGCGCCAAGAGGAAACAGGAAGUGGCUCGACGACGGUUUACGCCCGCGCAGACUUCCCCGCGGCCGCCUCCGAUUCGUGUUCGUCCUUCCAUCCUGCUGUUUUAUGAUCAAACAUGAUCUGCGUACAGCACAUUUGUAUGUCUCUGUCUCUGCAUGCGUUAUUCGAAAUACAAGUCCAUUCGACAACAUGAUAUCUUAUGAAUAUGAAUCAUUUCAUGACAGUUUUAUUAUGAAACAGUUCAACAUGUUACGUGAAUGUUUGAUUUUAAAUCCCUUUGUGUAUUUUACGAUCAAUAAUUUCAUCACAUGUAUGUUUUCUCGCAAAUAUUAAUAUUGUGUUUUGUUAUGGAUCAUUUGAUCAUAUGACAAGCGUGCUUAAUUAAGAAUCACUUCAGCAUGUUACGCGCAUGUGUAAUUGGAAAUAGGAAUAGAAAUGUUACAUGUGUCUUUUAUGAUCAAUACAAAUCAUUUUACGGGCUUUAUUAGGAAAACGCAUCAUUUCAUCUUGAUUUACGUGACUGUUUGACUAUUGCAACAUCAUCGACGUCUGUUAGUUAAAUGUAUGUUUCGGUCGCAAUAUGAAUUAUUGUCGAUAAAUACAAUAAAUAUCCCCAUGAAAACAAUAAA